AUGUCGUCCGCUAGCGACUCCCCAUUUACCACGCCCAAUUUCGAUUCCACCAUUUUCAGCCCUUCCGAGUCACAAUCAGAGGAGCGGACAGAUGCUCGAACGGGUUCCCUUGAAGUAGUGCCCAAGGUGGAGGAGACGGAACUUCAACUAGCCGAUGUCAAGGAAGAGGCAUCUCCGGAAGACACACCCAUUUCCCCGACCGAACCCGUACGGAUACGUCGCGCGCGUGGUCGGCCAAGGAUACACCCUCCUCGCUCACCCACCACUCUUGCUAAGCAAGCCAAAGCCCGAUCCAAAACUGGGUGCACAACAUGUCGGAAAAGGAAGAAGAAGUGUGACGAGACCAAGCCGUUCUGUCUGUCGUGUCAAAAGAACAACAUCCAUUGCGAAGGGUACAAGCCUGUUGAAAUUUGGAAGAGUGGAAAGGAACGGGCAGCAGAAGCUCGGAAGCGAAGUCAAGAUGUCAAAUUUGACCUUCCGCCUCUCAUGGAAGGUGUUGAGAAUGAUCUUGACCGCCAACUCUUGCAACAUUUCUCUAGCAGAGCGAGUGCUGUCUUGACCUUACAUGGGGACAAGUCGUCGAAUCCCUUCACCAAAAUCCUGCUGCCCAUGGCUCUUCAACACGAAGGCCUAAUGCACUCAGUGCUGUGUCUUUCAGCUUCUCAUAUGUACUCCGUCAACCCGUUACAGGAGUACGAGGACAGACAGGUCUUUCACCGCGGCAAGGCUCUGCAGCUGCUGAAGCAUGACAUCGAACGACAGAAAGCUGGCGAAGGUGGUGUCAUGGUUUACGAAGACUCUAACGUUGCCCAGAUACUACUACAUCUUCUACAUUCUAUUUGUGAUGGUAACACCUCCGGCGAGUACCGAAUGCACAUGAUCGCCGCAAAACAGAUCGCCAUGACCCAGAAGUCUUCGAACCCGGAGUUCCAGACCCUUUUCGACGAGUUCUUCUACUACCAUUGGAUCGCUAGUCAGAUCACGUCCCUUGACGGUACCGAGGUCCCCAUGAUGGAUGAUUUCAACCUCCCCUUCAAGAUCAGCCCGGAGACUGCGGGAUUGAUUGGCAUAUCUGAUGGACUCUUUGGUUUCAUCUCUAAGAUCAGCAAUCUGCGACGCAAGAUACGUAGUCGCAUCGACGAAAAGCAGGAGCCCGUCAUGGACUAUGAAGCGUUGCUUGCCGCCCACGCCAUCGACACUGGCCUUCGUGGAUGGCCACAUCCAUUCAUCAAGAGUGCUGUCGACGACGGCAUUCGCUACAUCAACGAACUACCAGCGGAAGGUUGGGUGCAAAGUAACGUUUUGCUUCCAUUGUUCCUCAUUGGGUGCGCUGCAUUCGAAGAGGAGCAGCGUGUGGAGAUUGACAGAGCGUUCACCGGCCUAAUUGCCUGUACCGGCCUAGGCAACAUCGGCUUUGCGAAAGAGGUCGUCGACGAGGUUUGGUCCAGGAUGGACAAGGGGGAUACAGACUCAUGGGAUUGGGAGAAAAUUAUCCAUGCUCGUGGGUGGGAUUUCCUCGCUACGUGA